UGCCCUGCAGGAGGUAUCUAUUAAUUUCCAGCUUACUUCACGUGCAAUAUUUCCCAUAGCAGUAAUCGCGCAUGAAAAAAUAAUUACGCAUAGUAUUAUCAUUAGUGUUGCAACAGAGGCACUUUUGCAUUUUACCUCCCUUAUACCAAGAAUACUCUCAAAGGGUUGUACACGCAACCGAAUCAUUAUCUUCGCACGAUUUGAUUAUCGAUUGCAAUGAAAUUUUCAUAAAUUAAUUCAAGGCAACGUGUUACACUCGAAGUUGAGGCAUUGUGACUGUUUGACGGUUAUCGUAGUUAGUUUCGACGUCGUGUCAGUAUGUUUCGAAAUGUUACGCCGGAAAAGGCAAUAGUUUUUGUCGAAUCGAUCGUGGCACUGAGCCAUUGUUGGCCACUUCCAUCGACAGCCACCAAAUCUCGGAUAUUCUAUUACAAACUUUUGAGAUCCGUGCUGCUCCUCAACUCGCUUUUACUCUUGUUUCCCUUGUUGUACGCGAUAUACGUGCACCGUGAAGAUCCAGUGAAAUUUUGCAAGGCAGUCUCUUUGGCACUUGCUGUUGUACAGAUACCUCUGCAUUCUUCCUUUUGUAUCAGUCAGUACGAUCGAUAUCAGCGAUUAAUCGAAGAGAUGAAAUCUUGCUGCGAGAAAGGAAAUUCACACGAGAGACGUGUCUUCCAACAAUACGUGGACAAGUACGCCAUGUAUUACGUGGCGUCUGCAGCUUGGUUUUAUUGUACCGCAACCACCGUCCUAAUUGGAACGCUUUUCAUACCCGAUCCUUUCCCAACGAUGGCAGAAUAUCCGUUCCCAGUCGAUUCUGAACCCAUAAGAAGCAUCAUUUUCUUGCAACAAUCACUCGUCGGUUUCCAGUGCUCGUCAGCUAUGUGUAUUAACAUAUUUUGCGCGUUAUUGAUGCUCUUCGCUGCAGCACGUUUCGAGAUUUUGAUGAACGAAAUGCGCACAGACAACAAUGUUGCGUUGUUCGUAAAACAUGUAAAGAAGUAUUACGCUCUGAAAAGAUAUGCAAAGGAAGUAACGAAUACAGCUCGAUAUACAACUCUGAUUACGCUAAGCAUUUGUGGCAUGGAAAGCGUGUUUGCCGGUAUCAUUCUUAUUGGACGACAACCAUUUGCUGUGAAACUUCAAUUUGUUUCCGUGUGUUCUACUGUACUGCUGGGGGUGUUCAUGUGCGCGUGGCCAGCUGACAACUUAAUAUACGUAAGUGAAAACGCUAUGCGAGCAAUUUACGAAUCGAAAUGGUAUGAUCAAUCUCUGAGAGUACAAAAAUUUAUAUUGUUAAUGAUGAUACCUCAGUCGCCGGUGAUCUUACAGAUCAGAUGUAUCAUUCCAGCUUUCUCACUAAACUAUUAUUGCUCGUUCAUCACGAACGUGAUGUCUAUGUUUACGGCUUUACGAGUUAUCAUGUAUCAAGAUGAAAAUUGAAUACGUAAGUUGACGAUAUUUAAUAGUUACAUGAAUUAUGUGAAUUCUACAAUGAAUCGAUAUGUUAUAAAAUAUAUACAAUUUACAAGUUACAAUGAA